AGAGUCAAUAUACUUUUUCCCAUUUUAUUUUUGAAAAAUAAAACCAUUAUCCUCUUUCUCUGGUUACAUCCUUCGCUUCAUCACCCAUUCAUAGCUACAGCAGUGAAAACCAUGGCGGUUUCCUUAUCUUCCCUCACAUCUUCCCUAUCUUCCCUCUCCUUUUCUUCCAAUAUCUCUCACAAUUCAACCACUCUUUUUCUCCCCAAAACCUUCUCCCUCUCUCGCUCUUCCAAAUUCCCCUCCCUAACUGUAUCCGCAACAUCACUCACUCCUCCCGCCGAACCGGAAAUCGAUGACCUCGAGGCAUACGUUAAAUCCAGACUUCCCGGUGGUUUCGCCGCUCAAACAAUCAUCGGUACCGGUCGCCGGAAAGCUGCCAUCGCUCGUGUUGUUCUCAAGGAAGGAACCGGCAAAUUCGUCAUUAAUUACCGUGACGCUACGGAAUAUUUUCAAGGAAAUCCGUUGUGGCUUCAAUACAUUAAGGUUCCCCUAGUAACUUUGGGAUAUGAAACUAGUUAUGAUGUGUUUGUUAGAGCUCAGGGUGGUGGUCUCUCUGGUCAAUCUCAGGCGAUCACCCUUGGCAUUGCUCGUGCAUUGCUGAAGGUUAGUGAAGAAUAUAGAGUACCUUUGAGACAAAAAGGGCUUCUCACCAGAGAUUCUAGAGUCGUUGAGAGGAAGAAAGUUGGUCUCAAGAAAGCUCGUAAAGCCCCUCAGUAUUCCAAACGUUGAGGUUGGAGUUUUAACGUAUGGUCUGUCCUUUUCUUUCUUGCUUUUCGAGACUUCUGAUUGUAGGUUUCCCCGAUGCCUUUGUAUCAUGAAUCCUGCUCUUUUGACUGUAUGUAAUUGGGAAAUGUAGGUAACUAGCCAACCCAAAUACACCUUUUUACAAUGUUGAAGGUUUUUUGGAGACCUAAAAUCUAUGGUCUUUGGUCUCGAUUCAUUAUGUGUAUUAUUUGUUCCUGGCUUAGGUGUACUGAAUUGGAUGAAACAUUUUUUCUGAAUAUCUCAAUUAUUUGUAAAAUUUCUGAA